AUGAUUACUCAUCGUUUCUCUGCAUACAGUCCCUAUGAAGUUGCUGAAACUUUCAAUGCACUGAAACAAGACAACAUGACAGUCAAUGCUUAUAUUGAUAAGUUUGAAGAUUUCAUGACUAUGUUGAAACAAGAUACACCAGAGCUAACCGAAGAGUGGUUUGUAAAAUGCUUUGUCAACGGCCUUCGUCAUGACAUCAAACACCAACUCAGGCCUCUCCAUCCAGAGUCCCUGACUGAUGCGUACUGGCAGGCCAAAGACAUGGAACGCAGUGCCCCACCUAAGAAACAGUUUUCUUCAUAUCAGAGACAAAUCACUGCUGCUCCAUACAGAACUCUCCUUUUGUGCAGAACCUGCUACCACCACACCAGACAAAACUAA